AUGCUAUCAGCAUUGUUGGCCCUUGCGGUAGGCAUAGCUGCCUAUUUUCACCUACGGCGCCCACGCAAACUACCCCCGGGCCCGACCCCGUGGCCCCUGCUAGGCAACCUGCUUGACCUGCCGCCGCCCAGCGGACCGGAGUACAAGCACUGGCUGAAGCUGAAGGAUUCCCAUGGACCCAUUAGCAGCGUCACCAUCCUGGGCCAGCCCCUAAUCCUGCUGCACGACCGCCGCGCCGCCGUGGACCUUCUCGACAAGACGUCCAUGAAGACUUCGGGGCGGCCGCACAUGCGCUUUGCGGAGAUUUGUGGCUUUACGUCGCUGUUGAAUCUAGAACAGUACGAUGCUGGCUACAAGCUGGAUCGAAAGCUGGUGCAUCAGCAGCUCGGGACAAAGACUGUUGCUGCGCGGUUCAGAGAAGUUUUCGAUGGCGAAAGUGCACGGUUUCUGGUAAAGAUUCUGGAAGAGCCCCUGGGUUUGGUUGAGCACACCACAGCUGUAACUGGUGCCAUCAUUCUUAAAAUAACAUAUGGCUACUCAAUCUCUCCCUCAUCUCCCGAUCCUCUGGUCAAGCUUAUCGACCACACGAUGGAAGUAUUUGGAAAGGCCGCAAGCCUGCUUUCCUGGGCGGUCGAUAUCUUUCCCCUACUGGAAUGCCUGCCCGAAGGUCUUCCCUUUACACACUGGAAGAAGGUCGCACGAGAGUACGCGGCCAUCUUGCAGCACACGACUGACGUCCCUUACAACUUUGUGAGGUCCCAAAUGUCCACCAACACCAACAACCUCUCCUACGUCUCUUCUUUGGUGUCCCAGUAUACGCAGUCCGGGCCGCUCAACCCCGCCAUCGAGAGCGUGAUCAAAAACACGGCUGUUGUAAUGUACGGCGGCGGUGCCGACACAUCUGCAAACUCCAUACAGGCCUUUGUCCUAGCCAUGCUGCUGCGCCCGGCCGUUCAGGCCAAGGCGCAGGCCGAGAUCGACUCCGUGGUCGGCAGCAACCGUCUACCGUUCUUUGCGGACCGCAGGAAACUGCCCUACGUCAACGCCCUGGUCAAGGAAACGCUACGCUGGUUCCCCGUUGCGCCCAUGGCCGUGCCCCACAGGACCGACGAGGCUCUCUCCUACGGCGGUUAUACCAUCCCCAAGGGUUCAUACCUGCUCGCAUCGAUCUGGUGGUUUCUGCACGAUCCGGACGUGUACGCAGAGCCGGACUUGUUUGAUCCAGAGAGGUUCCUUGCGCCGCGCUCGGAGCCGGACCCAGAGGAUCAUGCCUUUGGGUACGGGAGACGGGUCUGUCCUGGCAGGUUCCUGGCGGAUGAGAGUCUGUUCAUUAUCAUCUCCCGCAUGCUUGCUGUCUUCGAUAUGAACAAGGCUAGGGAUGCAGAUGGCAACGUGAUUGAGCCUGCGAUUGGUGGCACUCGUGGGCUGAUUGAUAAGCCGGUGAAGUUUGCAUUCGACAUUAAGCCGAGGAGCGAUCGGGCCGUGGAGCUGGUGAGGGAUGUUGAGAGGCUGUUUCCUGGAGAUGGGAGCAAUGCUGCGCUUGUGCGGGAGAUUAUGGCUGCCUGA